AUGACUCGUCUCUAUAAUUUCAUCGCUUUUCUCAUACCUUCUGUUCUUGCUGGCUCUGUGCCCAAGACUUGCAAGGCCUACCCUGGGUCGUCUGACUGGCCUUCGCACAAGGCGUGGUCUCGUCUUAAUGAUACUUUAGACGGGAGACUCUUUGCGCCUGUUCCCCCUGGGGCUGUUUGUCACAAAGGCUGGCCGACUUAUGACAAAGAUACUUGCCCCAAGAUCGCCGAGGCAUGGAAGCAUUAUGAUCUUCACACGCAGGAUCCUGUCUCGCUUAUUUAUGAUCAGUAUUCGAACUGGACGUGUCUUCCGGAUGAGAGUUAUCCGUGUAGUGCAAGUGGAUAUCCUGCUUAUGUUGUUAAUGUUACCAAGGCGGAGGAUAUCAAGAUUGGAGUCGACUUUGCUCGGAAGAACAACGUCAGACUCAUUGUCAAAAACACUGGCCAUGACUACAUGGGCCGCUCCAUUGCCCCAGGUUCUCUCUCCCUCUGGACGCACCAUCUCAAGGACAUAACCUACCACAAAGGCGCCUUUAAACUUUACAACUCCAAGACCGUCAUUACCGGGGAUGCUGUUACUACCGGUGCGGGAACCCAGAUGUAUGACCUCUACACCAUGCUGGAUAAGUUUGGCCGUGUAGUCGUUGGCGGCGGCGGAAAGACUGUCGGUCUCGGAGGCUACGUCACCGGCGGUGGUCAUUCACUCCUAUCAACUAAACAUGGUCUUGCAGUUGAUCAGGUCCUCCAGAUGACAAUGGUCACGCCAUCUGGGAAGGUUCUGACUGUUAAUGAAGAUAGCCAUCCCGACCUCUUCUGGGCAAUGCGAGGAGGCGGCGGCUCAACCUUUGGCAUUCUCACAUCUAUAACCAUGAAAGUCUACAAAACCCCCAAAAUCACCGCAUCAGCCUUCACAAUCGGAACAUCCGCCGCCGCACCCUUCAAAUACGACCUCCUCGCCUACAUCCUCUCCCAAUUCCCCUCUUUAUCCGACGCCGGUCUUUCAGGCUAUACAAACCUCAGCCCCCAAACACCCAACCCCGCCGGCGGCACUGACCAAGUAGCGGGCAUUCAAGGUGUCUUUGCGGCACAGGACGUUGAUGACCCAGAUUACAUUCUCAAGCUGUUCAAGCCGAUUAAUGAUACUAUUCAGAAGCGGUGGCCGGGGGCUGUGCAGUUUAGUGCUACGAGGGAAGAGUAUGGCUCGUUCUUGGAGUGGUAUGAUGUUUAUUUUGAUCAGGGCGCUGCGGGGGUGACGCUGUAUCUUGCUUCGAGAUUGUUGGGGAGGGAGGCGGUGGGUGAUAAGAAGUUUAAGGGGGCGUUGGAGGAGAGUUUAGAUGCUGCCGGGGGGUUGACGGUUCAUUUGAUCGCUGGGAAGGGUGUUAGGGAUGCGAAGCCUAGAGGGGGGAGUACAGCUGUCAACCCGGGAUGGAGGGAAAGUUAUAUUCACGCGAUAUCUGGAGAGUCCUUUGAGCCUUUCAACAAGACUUCUGAAGCUGAGGCCGUCAAGAGGUUGAAUGCCUCCAUGGAGCCAUUCCGCAAACUGUCCCCAGAUACAGGUGCUUAUAUCAACGAGGCUCUUCCUUUCGAGCCAGACUGGCAGCAUGCCUUUUGGGGCAAGAAAUACGAGAAACUUUUAUCGAUCAAGGGGAGCAUUGAUCCUGGUGACGUUUUAUGGUGCUUCCCUUGUGUCGGAAGUGAGAAGUGGCAACAGAUCGAUAAUGGCCGUCUGUGCCGAGUCAAAUGAGUCUGCGAUAAGAACAUCGGCAAGGGCUGCAAACUGAGUGGAGUUGAGUUGAUGCCGAUGAACUAUGUAUAUGGC